CUCGUUUGCUUCUCCUCCCCCUCCCCCGCCCACGUCCGCAUCCGCCGUCCAUUGGCUCACCGAGCAUUCGAUUGAGCCGUCCGUAGCUCGCCGAGGAAUCCCUCAACGUAUUCCCUUAUCCAUCUCUAUCGCUACUAUUUUAGCCGCAUAAGGCAGCCAUUUUGUGUCGCAUUGAGCGGCAUCGCUCUCCACCUCCGCCAGAUAUCUGCGACCUCUCCUCAUGCUGCAAGAUGGAGUGGGACGCACUGCAUUCGAUGGCCAAGGCAGCCAUUCCUGCUAGCGGCGUGCCACCGAAGCGAUACAUGGUCGGUGUCCUGCUGCUGGGGAAGUCGCCGCAGGAAGACCUGGACGAGUUUGACUUUUUGUGGAUCACGGCUCAUGCGAAAAUCAACGUCCGGAAGAUCCGAGAUGUGUACAUGGUCCGAUACCCAGGCACCGAUGUUGAUCUGAUGUUCAAAGACGUUGUUCCUGCCGAUGAUGAGACCACCAAGUCUCUCAAUCAGUACGGAGACGAUAUUGUCGUGUUACGGGCCGUGGAGAGGAAGCCUCCCGGACCUGAAAAAGCCCCUACUCCCCUACGGGCUUCUGCAUCCGUGAGCAACGCCAUGCGACCGGCAUCGACUGAACCGCGCCAUUCCUUGCCAGCCUUAUCCGUCAGAAGCGAACCACUUCGGCACGUAGACAGUGCUAAGACUGGAGCUCCUCCGUUGACGCCUGUCUCCACCAAGACGGAAAAUGCUCCCGCCCCGGCCUGGGAUGUGCUCCGCGAUAGAGAAUGCCCCAGCAAACGCCCUUUGGCAGAGCCGUCGUUUCGAACGCCAUCCCAACCGAAUGGAAGUUCAGUUGCGCCGACGCUUCCUCACAACGGAGCCUUUGAUAAGAUGCACUCACUAGUAACGCAUCGGGAUAGCACAUCCCCUUUAAGUGAUCCACCGCUGUCCGAAGUCGGGCCUUUGUCGCGGGCCUCCAGCCAUGUAUCCAGAACUACUCGAUCGGAUCGUCCGCAUGGCAGCGUUGAACCUCAUCGCGCUCCGUCUUUUGACGCCCAUUCACUGCCCGUGACCGGUCGCGUAGCUCGCAACACAACGGUCAAGACCGAGAGACGCUCGCCUCCGCUAUCCCAGGACCCCACGCAGGAUACAGUUGAACCAUUCAACCUCGAAAACGUCUUCAAGCGUGAUACCUCUCAAGAUGCAGACAAUGAGGCUGAGGCCACGCCAAUCGAUCGAUACAUACGAGAAAUAAUCAAUCAGCAGAAGGUCGAGAUACUCGAAGCCGGAGCCGCCAAGUCUAGGAAGAUUCUCGAGGACUUGAGGCGCUCGUUCUCCAGAUACGCUGCAAGCAGCCCGGAUGCAAGCGCUUGGAUGGAGGCGAUUGACAAGCUCAGUACUCAAGCCGAGCGGACCCGCACGGUUGUUGGCGUGGUCGGCAAUACCGGCGCAGGGAAGAGCAGCGUUAUCAAUGCGAUGCUCGACGAGGAACGUCUUGUUCCUACGAACUGUAUGCGCGCUUGCACUGCCGUAGUCACGGAGAUAUCCUGGAAUGCCAGCACCAACCAGAGUUCCAAAUAUCGUGCGGAGAUUGAAUUCAUUAGCCGUGCCGACUGGGAAAAGGAACUUGGUAUUCUUCUGAAAGAGUUCCUUACUGAUCAUGGGACCGUGUCACGAGAAAUUUCCGAUCCGAAUUCUGAUGCCGGCAUAGCCUGGGCCAAGUUUCACGCUGUGUAUCCCAAGAUCCACAAGGACAUGCUAGGAGACUGCACGGUACAGAAGCUUAUAGACGUAACGUCUGUCGUGAGUGUCCUUGGAACCACCAAGCGAAUCAACCAGGCGUAUCCGGACAGAUUCUACACCGAGCUUCAGAAGUACGUCGAUAGCAAAGAGAAGGUCACCGGGAAGAAAGACAAGGAGGAUAAGAAGAAGAAAGGGCCUUCUCAGAUGGAGUACUGGCCAUUAAUCAAGGUUGUCAAGAUAUACACCAAAUCCGUGGCUCUGUCGACAGGUGCAGUCAUUGUCGAUUUGCCCGGUGUACAUGACUCGAAUGCGGCUCGAGCUGCCGUUGCUGAUCGCUACAUGAAGCAAUGUACGGGCCUUUGGAUCGUGGCUCCAAUCAAUCGUGCUGUAGACGAUAAGGCCGCGAAGACUCUACUCGGGGACUCGUUUAAGCGUCAGCUGAAGUACGACGGGAACUACUCAAGUGUUACCUUCAUCUGCUCCAAGACAGACGAUAUCUCGAUCACGGAGGCUGCGGAAAGUCUGGAACUGGAUGAUCGGAUUUCUACGCUCGAUGACCAACAGCGCACUUAUGCGGAAGAGAUCGAAAACGCCGAGGAGAAGAUCAGCGACCUGAAAGAAUCCAUGGAGGUGUACAGAAUCGCCCUGAACGAGGCGGACGAUGAUAUUGAGACUUGGGAGGAUCUCAAAGAUCAGGUAGAAGACGGAAAAACAGCGUUCGCCCCCGUACAGAAGGCAAAGAAUAAGCGGAAGAAAGGCAGAUCGGGGAAGAAAUCCCGCAAGCGCCGUCAGGUCGAGGACGACAACUCUGAUAUUGAGUAUAUUGGUUCGGACAGAGAGAAGUCCGGUGAUUCAGAGAGUGAUUCAGAAUUGGAGGGUAUCCAGGCUCCACGGAAGCCGCUCACCAAAGAAGACAUCAAAUGCAAGCUUGAGGAGCUGAAAAGCACAAAGAAAAAUGCCCGUCAAGAGACACAGAAGAUCCGCGACGAGAUCAGGGCCAUCAAACCGAAGAAACGAGAACUCGAAGAGAAGAUUGCCGAGGUCCAGGCCGAAAUGAGCGCCAUCUGCAUUGCUGGGCGAAAUGAAUACUCAAAGGGAGCUAUUCAACAAGAUUUUGCGGCCGGUAUUAAGGAGCUAGAUAUGGAGAACGCGGCCGAGGACGACGAGGAAAAUUUCAACCCGGACGAGGAUAUCCGCGAUUAUGACGAGGUUGCUCGUUCUCUGCCAGUGUUCUGCGUGAGCAGCAGAGCGUACCAGAAGAUGAAUGGCCGUCUCAAGAAGGAUGGAAACGUCCCCGGCUUCAAGACUCCUGAGGAGACGCAGAUACCUCAGCUACAAGCACAUUGCAAGCAGCUCACUGAGGCCGGGAGGAUCCAGGCCUGUCGAACAUUUCUGCUAAGCCUCUGCCAACAGCUAACAACUUUCUCCCUGUGGGCGUCGAACGACGGCACAGGUCUCAAGAUGACAGAUGAGGAUAAGCAGAAACAGGUCAAGUACCUUACAAGGCGUCUGGACGAGCUGGACAAAGGCCUUCAGCAGGCGGUCGAGGUGUGCCUUCGGAUAAUGAAGCAAGAGCUGCAUAGCCAAAUUUUCGACAAAUACGAUGAUCUUGUUCAGGAGGCCAUCAGUGUCGCUCCAGAAACGGCCCAGAGAUGGGGUUCUCAUAGAGAUGCGGGCGGAAUACACUACUCGACGUACAAAGCUAUCGUCCGACGGAACGGUGCCUACCAAUCCGCGACUGCUGGAUACCGCGACUUCAACGCUGAGCUGAUCGACCCAAUCCUCAAGAAGCUAGCGACUGGCUGGGAGCGCGCUUUCCAGACCCGCCUACCAAAAGCUUUCGAGGCUUACACCAAGGACUCUGGCAAGGUGUUGCACAGCUUCCACGAAACCAUCGAAGAGCGUGCACGGCAAAACGGCGUCGGACUUGCCAACCUGGCAAUGCUCAAACAGUCAAUUUACACCUAUGAGCAGAUGUUCCAGGACCUUAACGUCGAACUACUCCAGGCAAUGACCGAGCUUCAGCGAGAGGCCAACCGCGACUUCACUCCAACGAUUGCGAACGCCAUGGCGAACGUUUACGACAUCUGCACAGACGAGCGUGGAACAGGCAGCUUCAUGCGCAUGAAGAACCAUAUGCACAGUCAUGUCGAGCGCGAGCGCCACACCAUGUUUGGAGAAGCGACCGGGACCGUAGAGAAGCAUCUCAAGCAGAUGUGCAGAAAUCUGGAAGAGAAGAUGGCGAACAAGUCUGAGGAGAUAUUUGUCAUGAUGCGCGCUGACUACAUGCGCGUGCUGGGCGGCGUCCAGGUUAGUGUGGACGCUAUGUCCAGGGAAGAGCGGGAGCUUAGGGCCGAGAUCAAGGUGAAGCUGCUGGGUAUCGAUGCGCAGUUUGAAAUGAUUGCGAACGGAGAGCUUGAAGAAGUGCAAGACAACGAGGAAGGUGACGAGGGCGCUCCUACAGAUACCGCCGCGAAGCCUUUGAAGUUCGAUGACGAUGCCGACAGCGUCUUUGACUCGACAAAGGAAUCCGUUCAGGAGGACGACACGAUGUACGAAGCGAACGACGACACCGUCAUCACCGAGCCUUCGCCCUCCAAAUCCACGGAUGAUAAGCUGGGAGACGAAGACGCCGGCGACGACCGGCUCCCUACUCCGGGCACCGAUGACGAAAUGGACGAGGAGUUGUAAGCAGCACACACCUCUCCGUAUCGACCAUCCUUACCCUUCAUCGAUACCCACAUUUUUCGAGGUUGUUGGGGCUAUCGGAGUCAUGGCGCUAUUGGAACUUUUCAUUCGCGCUUCAUGGAAAGCGGCCGAAGUCAUUCGGCCGCGUUGAAGUGAAGUCAGACAUUGGGCUUCCAUGCUCGUGCUUAUAUCGGGGAGGUCCCUGGCCGUUUGAUGCUUAUUUGAGAACAUAUCCGUGGUGGCUGGACAACUACCUCCUUCUCAAGAGCGCCGAUUCACCAUCAAACGUUCACGUGGGGGUGGGCAUAACUAUCCUAGGCAGAUAUUGACACCGGCUCAGGGGGAUUUCAUGGCCUUCUACUUCUAUAGCAUCCUUAGCAGUAGUCGGUUUAAUAAAAAU